CAGUGAGCGCACAGGUCAACAAGUCUCUCUCAUCAUGUUUGCUAAGUGACAGGCGCGCGGAGCAGACAUGGGUUCCCGCGCGCAGGACGACAGGCUGCGCGAGCUCUUCCGCGCCUGCGACGUGGACCGCUCCGGGCGCAUCGAGAAAUGGGAGUUCGUCCGAAUAUGCUCCGAGCUGCGCGUGCGCUCCGACGAGGUCCACGCGCUCUUCGCCAGGCUCGACACCGACGGGGACGGCGCGAUCAACCUGGAGGAGUUCGUGGACGGCUUUCGGGAGACGCGCUUGCUGAAGGGCGAGGAGGAGAUGAGCGGCGAACACGGCGGGGAAAGUUUCUCCGCCGCCUGGGAGGAUUUUAAAUCCCGCCUGGGAGAUCAGCUCAAAUUCAUCCCCAGGAUUGACCAGAUAUCAACUCUGUACCAGAACAUCAGCUUGACGGAGCCCAGAAUCAUCCCUCAGUACGAAAGAGUGCUUCUCGGUUUCAUCAAAGAGAUCCGAAUACUGAACACAGAGAUGGAGCAUCUGGCCCUUGCUGUAAAGAGAGCUCAGGAUCAGACGGCUAUACAGCUGAGUGAGAUGGAGGAAGAGAUGGAUCACCGCAUCCACACCGCAGAGAGAAACACGCGUCUACAGGAGUCUAAAAAAGCGGAGGCGACUCUAAGCAGCAUGAAACACCAGUACGAGUCUCAGAUAUGUGAACUGCAGCAGAAGAUACAGACUCUGCAGAUGAUCGAAAACCAGAACAGGAGCGUCAGCCUCAAAGAGGAAGCCUCGGCACUGAAGCGGCAGAACAACGAGUCACUGCUGCAAAACCAGAAGUUGAAACAGGAGCUUUUGGAGUCCCACACUAAUAUUGCGUUCCUGCAGAGUGAGUUGGACUCUCUCAAGAGCGAUCUCACAGACCAGAGCAUCAACUUUGAACGAGACGAGGCUCUUAUGAAGUGUUUUUCUGAGGAGAGAGGUAACCUGGAGAGACAGAUCGAGGUGCUUCAGGCCGCAAACAGAAAGCUCCAUGACAGUAAUGACAGUCUGCGUACGGCGCUGGAGAACAGUCAGAGCAAGACUAAGACUCAGCGUGUAAGUGGGAUCUCGCCUGGAGUUUAUAUAAGCACCAGGAAGAACGUCUGUCCAUCGUAUUUCGAUCGGUGCUGCAACACGUGUGUGGACGAGGACUUCGAUCAGUUCGGGCUGAUGGAGGGUCUGCGCAGACCGAGCUGUGAUUCUCUGGCUCUGGCCCUGUGUGACCCCAUGCGCAGACGAAGCUGUGAGGAAGACAGUCUCCCCGACAGCUGCGUGGACAGCGGCAUGUCCACCCUGCGCUCAAACAACGGCUACGAUUACGAGCACGAGAGAACGUCCUGUCCGAGUCCCGCGCAAGCAGAGGACAGCAACACUACCGUGUCUGGAGACACUUCGGAUACAGAGGUUCUGGACGUGCCAGAAGAGGCUGCGAUUGGUUCAGACAGCGAGUCAGUUCUGAGCCGGACUCCUUCCCAAACUGCUCAGAAAAGUGAUGUUACUGCAUCGGGGAAGAAAUGCCUCUCCGCCAUCUUCACAGAGAGAGAGCAGGAUGUGCUGUCAGUGACUCAGCCUCCAUCCGAGAAAGCUUACAGGAUUGUGUUAGCGGGAGACGCCGCUGUGGGAAAGUCUAGCUUCCUCCUUCGCCUCUGUAAGAACGAGUUCAAAGGCAACACAAGCGCCACACUGGGGGUUGAUUUCCAGAUGAAAACCUUGGUGGUGGAUGGCGUUCCAACAGUGCUGCAGUUAUGGGACACAGCUGGACAGGAGAGGUUUCGGAGCAUUGCUAAGUCUUACUUCAGGAGGGCCGAUGGAGUUCUCCUACUCUAUGACGUCACGUGUGAGAAGAGCUUUCUGAAUGUGCGCGAAUGGGUCGAUAUCAUUGAGGAUGUGUCCCAAGACGACAUUCCCAUCAUGCUUGUGGGGAACAAGACAGAUCUGAGAAAGGAAGCACUUCUGGAUGGAGUAACUUGUAUUCCAACAAGCUACGGAGAAAAACUGGCCAUGACAUACAGUGCCUUAUUCUGUGAGACGAGUGCAAAGGACGGAUCCAACAUCAUUGAGGCUGUUCUUCAUUUAGCCCGAGAGGUGACGAAGCACGCCGAUGAACACAAGGAGCCCGUAUCGGUGGCCAAACUGUCUGGAAAUCCCAACAAAAAGAUGCCCAACUCUAACUGCUGCAUGGGCUGAUGCGCCAGGCUCCUGCACGCAGCCAAUCAAAUAUUUAACAUUCAUUGAUUUAGAUGGGAAACACCACCUAGCGACCGAUUGUCCUCGGGACUGUGUUUUUAGUUUGGAACGACGGGUCGCUCGAUCCCACAGCUUCUGUAUUACAGCUGAUUGUUAGUAGCAUACGGAGUGAACAGACACUCGGCCUCGCAGAGCAUUUUUCGUGCAUGCUGCAUUUCGCCUUUAUUUAUUACACGAAAACCUCCUUUAUCUUAGUGAAUGGUUCUCUAACGUGUGAACGCUCAUUGAAAAGUGUGUGUGUGUGUGUGUGAAAGUUGAUUGAAAUAAUGUGAAACAUUUGGAAUAGAAUGGAAUGCUGUAAGAAGUGGAACUUUAGCAAUCUUCAGAAGAAACAAACGAGAACUGGAAGUUAGUACUUAAGAUUUCUUUAACAUUUCUUGUAGCUUUAUAUAUAUAUAUAUAUAUAUAUAUAUAUAUAUUUUUUUUAUAUAUAUUUUUUUUUUUUUUUUUUUUUUCUCUUACCUAAGUGCUGAAAACAUCACCUCGCCUUUGUCUUUUAAUGCUCACUACAUAUAUAAUGUUAUAUUCUGUAAUGCACACUUUUCACAUUUGUUAUAAAUGACAUGUCAGUAAAAUUUCAGUCCUGA